CGCGUCGGCCCACAAUGCUUUGCGGCUGUCACGCAUGCGAGUCCCUCUUUCUCCAUAGUUGAUUACACGAAAUGGCUCCCAAGGUCGAAAAGAAGCCUGUUGAGGCUAAGAAAGUGGCUGUUGCUGCUAAAGACAAGAAAGUUGGACAUGCCAGGAACUACGAUCUUGGUAAUGGAGUAUACCGUUUCUCCAAGUCCAGAAUGUACCACAAGAAGGCUUUGUGGAAGUUUGUUGGCAAGAAGACCCACACUGCCAAGCAUGUGAAGAAACCCCUCACUGUUGAGAAGCCAAUUGGUGGUGAGAAGAACGGAAAGACCCGUAUUGUUUCCUUGAAGCGCAAACCAAGCUACUACCCAACCCUUAAGAAGAAGACCAGGAAGGUCAAGAAGGUAGUUAAGAGGACCCCAUACAAGCUCCGUGAGAACAUUACCCCAGGUACCGUCCUCAUCUUGUUGGCCGGUCGCUUCAAGGGAAAGCGCGUCGUCUUCCUUAAGCAAUUGGACUCCGGUCUUUUGCUGAUCAACGGCCCAUACGUCCUCAACCACGUUCCCCUCCGUCGUAUCCACCAAAACUUCGUCAUCGCCACCAAGACCGUCGUCGACAUCUCUGGCAUCGAAAUCCCAAGCGACAUCAACGACAAUCUGUUGCGCAAGGAAAAGAAGAAGAGGGAAGCCAAGAAGGACGAUACCGAAAUCUUCACCGCCAAGAAGGAGAAGUACGUCUGGACCCCAGAAAAGAAGGCAGCCCAAAAGGCCAUGGACAAGGUUGUUUUGGCUGCCAUCAAGAAGACGCCCCAUCCCAGCAUCACGGCGCGUUACUUGAAAGCUACGUGGACACUAUUCUCGACACAGUACCCACACCGUAUGACUUUCUAGACUUAAGAACUACAAUUUAACCCAUGGUUUAUGCUGGACAUUGUCAAUAAAUUGUGGAUUUAUUACA